AUGUAUUUUGCUAUGAUAUUUCUCCUUCUGCAAACAUUGCUUCUUUUCCUUCUUCUCCAACUUGGCACUUCGCAUAUAACUAUCAGCAAACCCAUUAGAGAUGGUGACGUUUUAGUCUCUAAAGGAGAAACCUUUGCGCUUGGUUUCUUUAGUCCCGGCAAGUCCACCUACCGCUAUGUGGGAAUUUGGUACAAAACUGAAGCUCAAGGACGAACCGUGGUAUGGGUUGCAAACAGAGAUAGUCCUAUCAAUGAUACUUCUGGUGUUCUCUCAAUUGAUUCUCGUGGAAACCUAGUACUCAAUGUCAAUUAUCGGAAACAACCCGUCUGGUCCACAAAUAUUGCCUCAAAAUGGAGCAACAAAAGUACUAAUGCUCAGCUCUUGGAUACAGGAAAUCUAAUCUUAAUUCACAACGAAACAACUGGUGAGGUUCUAUGGCAAAGCUUUGAUUAUCCCACCGAUACAACUCUUCCAAACAUGAAACUUGGAUUGGACCGAACAACUGGUCUAAGCCGAAUCGUAACAUCUUGGAAAUCCAAAGAUGAUCCGGGAUCUGGAAAUUGCUCCUUUAUGCUUGACACAGAUAUCUCCUCGCCAGAGUUGUUUUUGUACAAAGGCAACAUUCGGUGGUGGCGUUCUGGUCAUUGGAUUGGCCAUGGAUGGGGUGGGCUUCCCCCUUUGAUCCCUAAUUCGUUCUUGAAUUUAAGUUUUGUGAACAACAAAAGUGAGGUUACCACGACUUUUGGUGUCAUGGAAUCAAGUUUAUUAGCAAGAGUAGUGGUACAAGAAUCUGGAUCAGUUCAAAAGUUUAUAUGCAGGAAGGCAGAUUGUAUUUGGUUUUCUAUAGGGUCAGUACCCCUGGACCAGUGUGACUAUUACAACAAGUGUGGUACAUUUGGUAAAUGUCACAUUGAAAGCAAUGGUUCUGAUUUCAAGUGCAUGUGUUUGCCAGGAUUCAUGAGAAAUGAGACAGGUUGGUGUGUAAGGAAGCGUGGGGAGGCAUCAUUAUGUAGGAGUGGUGAAGGGUUUGUGAAGGUGGAAAGUUUGAAGGUUCCAGAUUCUUCAGUGGCACAAGUUUAUCCAAAUCUGGGUUUCGAGGCCUGUGAGCCACUGUGCUUGCAGAAUUGUUCUUGCACGGCGUAUGCAAGUGUUGAUGUGGAAGAGGAAAUGGGGUGCAUUAUAUGGUUUGGUGAUUUGAUGGAUACAAGAGUUUUGGAUGGGGGCCAAAGCCUGUAUGUUCGUGUGGAUGCACUUGAGUUAGGUAAUCAUACAGAUGGAGAAACUUUCUUGUAUUCAGAUAAUCAUGCAAAGGGGUUCUUUGCCAACAAGAGGAGGCUAGCAAUAUUGGUAGUGGCCUUACUAGUUACUUCAUUACUCAUUUUUCUCUUUGUGCUUUGGUUAAUAAAGAGGAAAAGAACAGGGAGGGAAAGACAACUCAUAGUAUUUAAGGAUGUUACUGAAAGUUCUACAAGCUUUCAAGAUUCUCAUAAACUUGAUGAAAGUAGAAGAACCCCAGAUUUACUAUUUUUCGACAUAAGCUACAUACUUGCUGCCACAGACAAUUUCUCACCUGAUAAAAGGCUUGGACAAGGUGGCUUUGGCCCAGUCUAUAAGGGUCAACUAGCUAAUGGACAGGAAAUUGCAGUAAAAACACUCUCAAGAAGUUCAAGGCAAGGUAUAGAAGAAUUUAAGAACGAAGUUAUGCUUAUAGCAAAACUCCAGCAUAGGAAUCUUGUGAGGCUUUUGGGUUGUUGCAUUCAUAAAGAAGAAAAGAUGUUAAUCUAUGAAUACAUGCCAAAUAAAAGUUUAGACUUUUUCAUCUUUGAUGCAAUAAGAAGGCAAUUGUUGGAUUGGAGCAAACGAUUUGAAAUUAUUUCUGGUAUUGCUCGAGGAGUCUUGUAUCUCCAUCAAGAUUCAAGAUUAAAAAUCAUCCAUAGAGACCUAAAAGCAAGCAAUGUUCUACUAGAUGCUGGAAUGAAUCCAAAAAUUUCAGAUUUUGGUUUGGCUAGAAUGUUUGGAGAUGACCAAAUUGAAGCAAAUACAAAUAGAGUUGUCGGCACCUAUGGAUAUAUGUCACCAGAGUAUGCAAUGGAAGGAUUAUAUUCUACCAAAUCAGAUGUCUUUAGCUACGGUGUCUUGAUACUAGAGAUAAUUAGUGGUAAGAGAAACAACCACUAUCAUGCUGAAAGUCCUUGCCUAAAUUUGAUUGGACAUGUUUGGGACUUAUGGGAGGAAGGAAAUCCCUUGGAUAUAGUUGAUUCAUCAUUGGGUCAAGCAUAUCUUGCUCAUCAAGUUUCAAGAUGUAUUCAUAUUGGGCUCUUAUGUGUGCAAGAACAAGCAACAGAUCGACCAAGCAUGGCAGAAAUUUUAUUCAUGUUGGGAAAUGAAACAAGUCUUCCCCCUCCCAACAAGCCAGCAUUUAUCAACAGAAAAAAUAUAAAUUGUGGUCUACAUUCAACAAGUUCUGUAGGAGCAACUGCUUCACUUAAUGACUUAACAUUUUCUGUGUUUGAAGCUCGUUAA